AUGCUUAAUUCUGCAGUGUCAGACUUCUCGGCCAAGAUGUCCAAGCACUUCCACAGCAACUCAGUCAUGCCAUUGUCAGAAGCAAAUUUGAGCAGACAUACACUUCAGAGCCCAGCUUCAAGAGAGGCCAAACUGAGGCACAUCCUUGUCUACGUCGACCUUCAGCGGGAGCUCAUUGCACUAGCAGAAGAGGAAGAACACAACAGUGCAAGACUCCACCCCCACAACCAACAGCAUCGGACCGUCAGAGAGAAGAAAUCCGCGACCCUUAGCGUGAACACGAACGAUUUAGCGCAUUCGAACCGGGGAGAGGAAGGAGGAUUCACCACUGUUGUCGAUAGCAGAAGUAGUCGAGGACUCUGGCACAACAACAACAACACACACCCCAAGAGGUCUGAUCUCACCAUCUUGUUACACAACUCCACAAUACACGAGCAACCAUAUCUGUCCUCCACCCCACAACAAACGCACGAGCGACAACUUCAAGAACAACAACAUCUCCAACAACAACAACAACAUCUCCAACAACAACAACAACAACAACAACAACAACAACAACAACAACAACAACAACAACAACAAAACAAAUAUCAUCAGCCCACAGUGUCGCCAUCCCCUACUCCACUAAGACAUCACGACAGCUCUGUCGAAUCUCUCCGACAACAACGUCAGCAUCAUCAACAGCAGGAGCGCAACACCCGCCAGACAGACGCGCUGGACCCCAGUCUAGCCCUCCCUCGAGCUCUCCCAAGGAACAGAAUACCAGGGUACCGCGACUCGUACCUCUCUGCAGACUUGGACGCAGAGUGGCAAGUCAUUGACGAUGUGGGACCCGACAGCCCAACGAUUCCCAACAACCACUACCCAGCGUUUGAGUUUGCACCGGGUCACAACGAGUCGCGCCACGCCUUGCCUAUUCAGUCCUCCUCUAAAUCAGCGGAGCGCCCGAUUCAAUAUCGCCGGCGGGAAGAAUCUGCAGAGCAAGUUGCAGUUCAGAGACAGCCCCUGCAGAGACAGACGUCGUUCGAGAAGGAAAAGAAGACAGGUCGAUUUGGACGAUUUUCUCUGCCAGGGAAGAGCAAGCGGGCAAGCACUACUCAUCAGCGCAAGGAGAGUUUACCAGAGAUGAGCAAGUCAGGAGGGGGAGGAGGAAGUGCAGGUGAGGAGGGCGUUCAAGCCAGAUCCCUUUCUAUCUCGAACAAGGACAAGGACAAGGAGAACAAGGAUCGUGUUCGAUUCCAGGAGGGGACAGUCGCAGCAGCGGACGGUGUCGAGUCGACUUUGAACCCAUCUGCAUCGAUGGUCAAGCGGAGGAGCAAGCUCCGUCAGUUGCUGAGCGAGAUCUUCAAGAAGGUCCCCAAGCAGCAACAACAAAGCCAAGUGAUCUCAGCUCCAUCUCCCGUCCAACGAGCCUACCCAGGUAGCGGGCAUAAUAUCCUUGUCUCGACCUCGAUCACACCUCAAGACCUCCCGCCUCGUGCAGGAACAUCCUUGUCCCAUUAUGGGCGCGAGAGUUUAGUCGAUCCAUCAUUGCGGCGGGAAUUGUAUCAGAUUCAGACACCACCCCCAACUCAAGAGCAUCUAGUUCUUGCCGACAACAGCAACGACAUCAACAACAACAACAACAACAACAACAACAACAACAACAACAACAACAACAACAACAACGAUAAUGACAAUGACAACAGCAGAAACAAGAACAAUAAUGCCGAUGAUGACGAUGAUGCCGAUACACCGUUCCUAGGCCAGACCUCGCUGACUCCUCCACCUGCUACGUCUGUGUUGCGGUACUCGACCAGCCGUCCGAUCAACUUGGACCAAAUCCUGAGUUUCCACCAAGGUACUGCCGCCGCAGAGGAUACUUCUAACGAGCACAAGACAAGACCGUCAUCGAAUCUCAUGCCUAUUGCUGGGGCCAUCAAGGACCUGGCAACAGCAGCAGCAGCAGGCUCGGGCAGUGCAACAGGAUCCGGUACUGGCAGUAGUGGCCCUUACACUUCGCAGCGACGUCUGGUUGCUCUAUCGCCAGAGCAGCCGGCAGAUCUUGAGGGGGUAGGUUGCCGACAGAACACCUUUGGAAUGGACUGUGCCAACGAUCUCAUCGUGCCAUCCAUGGCCACCGCCUAA